AUGGAAGAUAAUUCCCAGAGUGACGAAGAAAUAAAAGAUGAGCCAAUGAGCCCUAAGUUGUGUGGCAAAAAAUUGAAAUUAAAUGAUGGUAGCUCACAAGACAGCCUCAACGAAGGUGCAUCUGGGAGUAAGGACGUUAAAGAAGAGAAUGUAGACAGUGGCGUGUCUGCUGAUAAGUCGGAAAGCACAAGCAGUGAAGACCGAGGCACAACAUCAAACGCUGAGCCAACUAAUGAAGUCGUUAAUAUAGCAACAUCUAGUUCAAAUAAUGUGCGCACUAUUCUCGUCAAUCUACGGCGCCCGAGACAUAGCCGAAUCUAUAGGAAGCGUAAAACACCGAAUAAUGACUCAGAUGAGAGUUCAUCCAGGGAUUCUGAUGAUCUAUCUCAUGAUGAAGAAGCAGAUAAUAUACAGCUAAUCAACACAUUCUAUGAUAGUGGUGAUUCAUCUCAUAAUUCAAGCUCUAGCAUAAGUUCCAUAAGCAAUUCGGCAGAGGGUAGCAAUGAAAUUUACAGCGAUGAUCAUCCCCUCACACUCGUAAGCGAUGAUGACACAGACUCUGAUGAAACAUUAUGGAAUGAGUUUGAUCAAAAUUCAACCAGGACCAGGCCGAAAAGAGGACCUACUAGAAGACCAUCAGUCCUCCUAAAGACAAGACCAAAGCAUGAUUACUUGAUAUUGAGAGAGGUAAUCAAUCGUGAGAUGGGUCUGACAUUUCCGAGGGGGAAAGCUAACCAAGAGAAUGUGACUUUUGAGAAAAAGUUCUAUGGAUCACUACAUGCUGUGUACAGAAUGAGCAAAUUCAACUUUCUAGCAAAGCAUAAAGGCUGUGUUAAUUCUAUUAAUUUUCAUCCCGAAGGCCACUUACUAGCCUCUGGGUCAGAUGACACAAACGUCGUAGUUUGGGAUUGGGCAAGGAAUAUCCCCCUGCAGACUAUAAAAACUGGUCACAAGUCCAAUGUGUUCCAAAGCAAGUUCCUGUAUUUGAAUGCUCAGACGCAGCUGAAUAUUGUGACGUGCGCGAGAGAUGGACAGGUCCGUCUGAUCCAAUGCCCGGCGAGUGGUGGCGGAGGUGCUUCCCGGCGCAAGCUGGCCACUCACAGCCGCGCGGCCCACAAGGUCCACGUGUCAGCCCACGAGCCACAUCUUGUCAUAUCUGCCGGGGAGGACGCUGUCGUGAUGCGGUGCGAUGUCCGCGUCGAAGCAGCCUCAAAGCUCUUGACUGUACGGGGCACGCACCUGGUACCGCUGUACAGCGUAGCCGGGCACCCGCUGAUCCCGCACGAGCUGCUAGUGGCUGGGAGGGACAUGUUCGUGAGAGUCUACGAUACCAGGAAACCGGAUAAACCACUCAACAUGUACACAGCCAAUUUCGACAAAUCGGUAAAACCAGACCAUGUGGCAUACAAAUCAAUGCUCCACUUGACUUGUGCCGUCUACAACCACGAUGGAUCCGAGAUACUGGGCUCUUAUAACGAUGAGGAUAUCUAUCUAUUUGAUACUAAGCUGGAUGUAUAUGAUAAGGAUACGGCGGAUCUCAAUAAACAAACAUACACUCACAAGUACAGCGGCCACCGUAACAGCGCUACAUUCAAGGGCGUCUCCUUCUUCGGUCCUCAGAGCCAGUUUGUAGUCUCGGGGUCUGACUGUUCACACAUAUUCAUAUGGGAGAAGCACUCCGAAGCCCUAGUUCAGAUGAUGGAGGGCGACAAGAAUGGCGUGGUGAAUUGUAUAGAAGCUCACCCAAGGUUCCCCAUCAUUGCAUCCAGUGGUCUGGAUAAAGACGUAAAGCUUUGGAUGCCACAAAAGCAUUCGGAGCCCGACUUUAAAAUGAUGGAAAAGGUGGUGCGUGCGAACGCUAUCACUGACACCCGCUCAAUGUUCACGGACUUUCUGCCGACCCUGUACAGCGCAUGGCGCGGCACCCUCGCUGACUCGGACGAGGCUCCGCCCUUCGGCGCCAACGUCGACUUCGAUGGGAACGCGUGCACCACCUUCUAG